AUGCCUGCACAAGAAGACUCAUGGGCAUUUCAGCCAAUCGGAGCCCCAUUCCCAGACAAUCCAGUACGAGUACAAGGACAACAGAAUAUGUAUGUAGCACUCUGGUACAAACACGGGAAACCGAUCCAUGGUAGAGCCUGGAACAAUAAUGGUGUCGUAGAGUGCUCAUUCCCGUACAGUAAAGUGGAGCUGACCGGUGCGAAAGAUCUUGGUGGACAGAUUCAGAUCCUUACCUAUAAAGGCGACUUCAGUACGCUGGGAUACUGGUACGAAUGGCUUCCAAUUAAAACUCGUCUAGAAGGUCAAGCACAUCGAGAACUCGUACGUUGCGGUCAAUCAACACCAGUGAUAAUGACCUGCAAGGACGGCCAGCAACGACUCGGCUACCUUGACCUUAGCACCGAAAUUGCCUUAGUGUCGGUAGGAGGGAAAACUGAAAGCAUGGCAGGAGGACCAACAGGAGAGCUAUUGGGGAUUUUCCGAAAUCUUCGACCACCGCCCACAGGAAUCAAAAUUUAUGAAGAUUUGUGGGGUGAUAUGAAGUAUGGAGAUCCAUUCCCGAAAAAUGUUGUGCCGGCUGACAACCGUCCACUGAGAACGGAAACAGGUCCUAUGAAUCAAUACGUUGCCCUUUGGUAUAAACACGGUGAGCCAGUGUUCGGACGAGCUUUUCCGAGCCCUGCUGGGAAGAUUAUGGCAAGCUUUGGUGCGACCAGUCAGGAAAAUGCGGGUCCAGAGAUUGGUUCAUUGCAAAUGCUUACCGUACCCGAUGAAAGCUGUAUGGGGCUUGAGUACAAAUGGAUGACCAUGGCGGAGGGAAAAGCCGGUUGGACUACAGUACACGUUGGAAAUUCGGCACCAGUUAUUCUGGUCGAUGAGAAGGGAAAUGAAUAUGUAGGAAACUACGAUAUUGGAAAAGAUAAAGCGUCAAUUGGUUGGGCGGGAAAAGAGAAGGCAUUCCUUGGUGGAAAAACUGCGACAUUCAAAGUGCUACACAAACGAAAGAUCACAUGA